UGGACGCUUACGUCAGCACUGCUUCAGCGGUCCGAUAUCUAUGUACUAAAGUCUUUCCGUUCGCCUUAGCCAAACCUCAACACACGAUGGCGACUGCAGAUACCCAAUGGAUGCCUACCACAGGUAGACACCAAGUAACAAUGGGAACUUCAUUAAGGCGUGCUCUCAGGGCCCGCAAGGGCGUGGCUCAACCCAAGCGCUCUAAUAUCCCUGACAAGGACUUCUAUUCCUUCAGAUACAAUUUCAAGCCAGAGUCAAUAGAACCCAGCAGGUCUGGAACGGUCGAAGUCAAACGCGGGAAGGACUCGACCAGCGUUAUUCUAGAGCGCCCUAGCACACAGGCAGGCGAGAACCAUCUCUUCAAGGGAUCUGAACAGCCUGUAAAGGAGUAUGAUUGUGUCCUAAUUUAUGAUGAGGAACUGGGCACAUUCACUCUCGAAAAGGUAGAAUGCUUCAUGGGCUUUACGUACGACAAGAAAGUCUCCUCUUCCAGCUCAAGCUUUGCCCGCAAGUCUCCCUCUGCGAUUUCUCCUCCCUCAGGACAGCUCAAAGACACGAAUGAUCUAGAGAAAGAACUGGAACGUGAUUUAUUAGGGCUCUCAGACGCAGAUGGUGAGGCUGUGGAUGACUUCGAUGAAAUUCUGGCGAAGGUCACAGCGGAGAAGCAAGAAGAGGAAGAGGAAGAAGAGGGCGAGGAGAUUGAAAUACCUCCCCGCAAAGCCCCCUCACCACCUCCGAAACCUAAAGCCUCCCGCCCUGCCGCUCUACCACUGAAAAAGCACGAGUCUGAGCCGAAGCCCAGACCCAAACCUAAGGAAGUGCCGAAGGCGAAGAGAGAACUCAACCUGUAUGGAGAAGAUUCCGACUUGGAAGAAGUUCUUGACUUUGGCGUCCCCGCUCGCGCUUCGAAACGUCCGAAGCCGUCUGUCACAACAGGACUAGCCUUGCCAGGGACAUCAUCCUCCUUCCUACCCCCCGCUCCUCCCACCAAGCCUGCGGCAGAAUCGGACUCUGAAGAAGACUGGGAUGAAGUCACCCACAAUGAACCAGUGGAGGAAGAGAUAGAUCUUGACGCCUUUGGGGCGGAGAUGGAAGCAGAACUUGAAGAGUCUGACGAGGAUAUAUUGGCGACAGCAAUGUCCCCGGAUCUCGAACCAGUCACAAAUGUCUCUGGACGACCCAUGUCGCUAAAUCAAUUCGCUGGCGGUCAACUUAGUGCGGAUGAAGACGAGACAUCAUCCAGUGAGGAUAGUGACGAAGAUUAAUCUUUAUUUGCUAUCGUUGUACUCUAUCAAUACUCCAUUGGCCAGCCAGCUCGCUUCUGAUGUACUUUAG